AUGGAAGUUUCCAUCUGCUCCUGCCUUUACCAGAGCCUGGGCAGCUGCUGUGUCUUUCUGUCACAGCUUUUCCUCCGCCUCGACCUUUACGUCCUGGGGCAUUCGCUGGAGAUCGGCACCUGCAGGAGAAGCAGCAGUUCUGGCACGGGGCUUCCACUCAUCGCGGAAGGCGUGGUUGCAGAAUCGCAAGCACUCAUCGCCGAGACCGCUGGGCAGCUGGGUCUGGGUGAGGCACGGCUCCGGGACAACGACAACUGGGUGCUAUUCCUUCUGGUGUCGAUACCUCUUCGGUACAUCAUUAACCCGCUGGUGUUUUUGGUGGACCAGUUCGGGCUUUGCGUUCGCUGCUUGGGCGUGCUGCUUGUGGGAGCGUCAGCUGUCUUCUUCGUGUGGUACAGCUCGAACUUAGCACCUGAACCGCACGACUACCAGUCCUUCGAACAGCUGGAGAGGAGUUCCCUUCUCCCUGCACUUCUGCUUGUUUGCACCUUAAUCAUCCUUGUCUUCUUCUCGCUGGCCAACCUCCGAUACCUCCGUGCUGGGACAAUGCCUCCCAUGCCUGUGACCUACGCGCUGUUGGUGGGCAAAGUCUUCCUCCUCAUGCGCAUGGCUAUGAGUUACUCCAGCCGUGACAUGACUGUGGCGCUGGACUACUUCGUGAAGCAAGAGCUGAUUCUGAUCAGUUCCCACGCCCUGGGCUCCUUUUUCUUGGUUCCUUGGACUGCACCGACGACAUCAGAAGCCGAACAUGGCCCGCAAGAAAGUACCACCAUUCGGGAGAUUGAGAAGCGCAUGGCUGUGAUCGCUCUUAUUGACUUGGGAAAGACGCUGAUCAUGCUGCUCUACUGGUGGCAGCUUUUUGCACCCGGCUGCAUCGAAGUAUAUGUAUCCCGUGCCCCAGCUAUGUGGGCCCAAGUCGUUCUGGCACUUGCCGUGCACCUUUGGCUGGAUCUGUUGCAGAGCGCCAUAACAGUUUUCACUGUGCAUCUCGCUCGCCUGCGACAUUCUCUGAUGCAGCUCGCCUGCCGUGCCGAGGCUAUGAUCGUGGAUGCCGCGUUCUGCUUCCAAGAAGAGGAUGGCAGCAUCGAAGUUAACGAGAUUUCGCUGAUCCUUGCAGACCGCUCUGGACUCCAGACGCACGCGCUCCAAGGCCUCAGCGUGGCCCGGAACGGGCCCGCCUGCGUUGGCAUGGCCUUCAUCUCUUGGGAGAAUAUGGGCUGUGGCAUAGUCUACACGGAGCUCACCGACAUGUCUGCGGUCUAUGGGGUGACGGAGUACUUGUGGAAUCCUGGCUUGCAGGCAAGGGUCACUUUGCCAUCGACCUGGCCAAGGACUCGCCAUAAGAGAGCCUAUGCUUUGGCACUACGGGUGAUGCCGAAAGCUGCCGCCCAGGAGCUGGCCGAAUUCAUGCAGCAGCCGCAGUGGAAGGCUUUGCAACUUGCACUUACAUCCAGCAGCAACUGGCUGGACUCUCACGUUACCUCCUCCUUGGCCGCCGUCCGCGCGCUCUUCGAAGCUACUCCAGAUGCCCAGCAAGCAGGUCAUGCCAUCGUGGAGUUGGGCACGGCUCGAGCCGCCGAGGCCUUUGCUGCGCCAGGGAAGGAAGAGGACGACUUCUGGGCCUUCCAGGUCUACGCAGUCACCACCUAUUGGCUUGUGGAGUUGAUGCACUGCUGGGAGGACGGCGACAAGCACCAAGCACUCGUGCAAGAGACCCUGGGGCACUUUCAGCGGUUUUGGCCUUCCGAGUUUGCAUUGCCGGAACACCGUGGAUUUGUCCCAGGCUUGGGCUUUUGGGAUGGUGCGGCCCUGAUGCUGCGCCAGGCUUGGCCAAGAAAUGUCAGGCCAACGUCGCCGGAUGCUGCCGCAGUGCUGAUGUCUCUCCUGAGAGGAGGGAUGUCGGCCGCCAUUCCCUCGCCACUGCCGGCGAGCACAUGGUGGAAUCUGCCGCCUUUCCUGGAUCCCCUGACGCUGCGGCAUCAGGUCGCUUCCUCUCCAGGUCGGGAAGAUGGCCUUCGUGUCAUUAUGAUCGAGAUGCACCGAAUGGACUACCAGGAGCUUCGUGCUUUGAUGGAACGAGUCUCCGAGGACCUCUUCGGUGCACCCGCGCGUUUCUACAACUACUUCCUGACCGCAUCAGAAGACGCUGAGGAGUUGGACGUUCAGGAGGAACUCCCUACGCACGGAAAUGAUGCUCACAUCUUCUUGGAGCACGGGAUUGCGGCUGGACUUGCAGAGGUAGCUGGGUGGAUCGAGCAAGAGCACUGGAAGGGUGCGGACCUGGUGGCCGGUUGCACCCCGCUUUGGGCUUGCGUGGCCCUCUUCCAGGUCCUUCCUGACAUGUCUCUCGGCAGGAUGCCAUUUCUAGUCCGGCAGAACAUGGCCUUGCUGCAGUUCUACCAUGCAUGGAGCGAAUUGCCACUGUACUGGUCUAUGCUCCAUGACUUCAUGGCAUCACGAAAGGUAACGAUUUCGUGGAAGCAUCGCCUGGGCGCCGAGCAAGUCUUUGACCAAACCGGCGCGCGGCCUGCGUAUGUGCCUCUCAUCAGCUUGCACACCGAUGGCCUCAAGUACCAGCCGAGCAAGCAGGAGCAGAGGGUUGGAGCAGGGUCCGGAACCCAAUCCGCAAGUAGGCAAACCUCGUACAACCUGAUUUAUGUUUCUCGAUCCCGUGAGCGCCCAAAGACCUUCCUAGAAGAUCCUUUGCUAUGGAAAUUUCCCUACCCUAGAAUUUCUGUGCGUGGUGUUGCAAGAUCUUGA